CAGAGCAUACUCCACAUGUAGAGUAUGACAAAUUAGACCCUCCAAUGACAAAAGGCUUUACAUAUCCCAGCAUGAAAGAUUCAAGUUGGCACUUUCUCAGCAUGCAAUCAAACAUGAAUUUGAGUAUAACACCGAGUAUAGUACACCUCAUCGGUUUAGGGGCUAUUGUUCAAGACGAGAUGCUGAUAAUUGUCCAUGGAGGAUACAUGCUUCUAUGACGAAGGAUAAGUGUACUGUAAUGGUGAAGAAAAACCCAUGUGGUCAUGAUUGCUCUAGUACAAGAAGGAAAAAGAAGAUGAAGAAUGCAACCAAGUUUUGGAUAUGUGAUAAGGUGAAGGAUUGGCCGAUUGAAGAUGCUACUCUCGGAGCGAAGGCAUUGCGCAAAAAGAUUAAAGAACACCACAAGGUUGACAUCCACUACAAGAGGGUAUAUAUGGGUAAGAAGCUAGCUCUGAAAGAACUAUAUGGUGAUUGGGAUAGCAGCUUUGACAAUUUGUAUAGGUUUAAAGCACAAGUUGAAAUCUCUUGCCCUGGUAGCAUAGUGCAGAUUGAUCAUUACACUAUAAAAGAAAAAAUCAGGUUUAGAAGGUUCUUCUUUGCUUUGAAACCUUGCAUAGAUGGAUUCCUUAGUGGUUGCAGACCGUACUUGGCAGUAGAUAGCACAUUCUUAACAGGCAGGUUUAAGGGGCAGCUAGCCAGUGCUACCGCUGUAGAUGGCCAUAAUUGGAUGUAUCCACUUUGUUUUGGAAUUUUUGAUUCCGAAACAAAUGAGAACUGGAUCUGGUUCAUGCAAUUGCUUAGGCAAGCCAUAGGAUCGCCAAGGGGUUUAGCCAUAAGCACUGAUGCUGGGCAGGCGGUGAUGACAGGGGUAAAGGAAGUUUUCCCAGAGGUAGAACAUAGGGAAUGCAUGUUUCACUUGGUGUCAAACUUCAAGAAAAAGUAUCACGGAAAGGUAUUUGAUGACCAUCUUUGGGCUGCUGCUUACUCAUGGAACAAGUAUAUAUUUGAGAAAAAUUGGGUUGCAAUGGAGACAGCAAAGCCAGCGGCAACUACAUAUCUUAGGAAGUGGCACACUAGAGUGCUUCAAUAA